GAGAUCGAGGAGCUGCGCGCAGAGAUGCUGGAGAUGAGGGACGUCUACAUGGAGGAGGACGUGUACCAGCUGCAGGAGCUCCGUCAGCAGCUGGACCAGGCCAGCAAGACCUGCCGCAUCCUGCAGUACCGGCUGCGCAAGGCGGAGCGGCGCAGCCUGCGCGUGGCACAGACCGGGCAGGUGGAUGGGGAGCUCAUCCACAGCCUCGAGCAGGACGUCAAGGUGGCCAAGGACGUGUCCGUGCGGCUCCACAAUGAGCUGGAGGCAGUGGAGAAGAAGAGGAUCAGGCUGGAGGAGGAGAACGAGGACCUGCGCCAGCGGCUCAUCGAGACCGAGCUGGCCAAGCAGGUGGUGCAGAACGAGAUGGACAAGCUCCGAGAGAAUUCCCUGAAGAAGCGGGGGUCUCGCUCCAUCGGAAAGACCGAGAAGAAACCAUCAGUGCAGGAGGACAGUGCAGACCUCAAGUGCCAGCUGCAUUUUGCCAAGGAGGAGUCAGCCCUGAUGUGCAAGAAGCUGACCAAGCUGGCCAAGGAGAACGACGGCAUGAAGGAGGAGUUGCUGAAGUACAGGUCCCUGUAUGGGGACCUCGACAGCUCCCUCUCGGUGGAGGAGCUGGCCGACUCUCCCCACUCCCGGGAGGCUGAGCUGAAGGUCCACCUCAAGCUGGUGGAGGAGGAAGCCAACAUCCUCAGCCGGAGGAUAGUGGAGCUGGAGGUGGAGAACCGCGGGCUGCGGGCGGAGAUGGACGACAUGAAGGGCCAGGGGGACAGGGAGCUGCCGGGGCAGGACGCGCGGUUCCUGGCGGGCCUCGCGGGCUGCGGGGACACGGGGGACACGGUGGCGGAGCUGCGCCGGCACCUGCAGUUCGUGGAGGAGGAGGCCGAGCUGCUGAGACGCUCGCUGCUGGAGCUGGAGGACCAGAACAAGCUGCUCCUGACUGAGCUGAGCAAGUACAAGUCGGAGCACGACCUGGACGUGACGCUGUCGGAGGACAGCUGCUCGGUGGUCAGCGAGCCCUCGCAGGAGGAGCUGGCCACGGCCAAGGUGCAGAUCAGCGAGCUGAGCGGCAAGGUGAAGAAGCUGCAGUACGAGAACCGCGUGCUGCUCUCCAACCUGCAGCGCUGCGACCUCGCCUCCUGCCAGACCACCCGGCCCAUGCUGGAGACCGACGCCGAGGCCGGCGACUCGGCGCAGUGCAUCCCCACCACCGGCUGGAGGGACGGCACGGGCAGCAGCGAAGCCGACGUGCUCGGUGGUGGGAAGGUGCCCGAUGGUCCAGCCAAGCUGCUCAAGCCCAAGGAUUUGGAGACCUUGCUGGGCAUCCGGGACCAAGCGGUGCUUGUCAGCAAAGCGAUCAACAUCUUGAUUUCGGAUGCCAACGGCUUCACCUCUGGGCUGAAGGCUUGCUUGGACAACGAGUGUGUUGGGGGGCUGCUGGGUGAGGCGGUGGGCAGCGGUGGUGAGAGCCCCAGCGAUGCCAAGCUGAUGAACGUGCUCCUCAUGCGGCUGGGCGUGCUCCAGCAGGACCUGGGCUGCUUCGUGAGGAAGGUGGAUCACCUCACCGGCAGCCUCAAGGAGCACACGGACUCUUUCAGCUUCUCCGGCGCCAGCAGCCACGACGCCACCAAAGAGGGGCUGCAGAAGGAGCAUGCCUCCGACUUCCAGCAGCCUGAUUUUAGGGACGCCGACCCUUACCGCAUGCCCCACGCCAAGGACACGGACCCCACACAGCCCCGGAGCUACAGGACCUGCCGGCCCGAGGAGAACGACUCCUACGCCACCGAGAUAAAGGAGCUGCAGCUGGUGCUGUCGGAGGCCAACGAGAGCCUGCGGGGGCUGCAGGAGCAGCUCUCCCAGGAGAGGCAGCUGAGGAAGGACGAGGUGGACAACUUCUCACAGAAGAUCUGCCAGCUGAAGGAGGACCACCAGAAAGCACUGCUGCGGCGGGAGUUCGAGCUGCAGAGCCUGAACCUGCAGAGGCGGCUGGAGCAGAAGUUCUGGAGCCAGGAGAAGAACCUGCUGGUGCAGGAGUCGCAGCAGUUCAGGCAGAGCUUCCUCCUGCUCUUCAUGAAGCUCAAGUGGUUCCUCAAGCGCUGGCGCCAGGGCAAGAUGGUACACAGCGAGGGCGAGGACUUUUUGGAGGUGAACAGCAUGAAGGAGCUGUACCUGCUGCUGGAGGAGGAGGAGCUUGCCCCACAGCAGCAGGCAGACAACAAGAUGUGCACUGGGGACACCUGGACCCCCAACACGCCCAACGAGUGCAUCAAGACGCUGGCGGAGAUGAAGGUGACCCUGCAGGAGCUGUGCACAGAGCUGCGGGAGGAGCGGCGCGGUGCCAGCGAGCUCCAGCAGCAGUUCACCAAGGCCAAGGCUGCCUGGGAGAUGGAGCGCGCCGAGCUCAAGUGCCACAUCGCCCAGCUGGAGUCGAAGGCAGGCAAAGGGAUCACAGAGCGUGCGCUGCCGGAUUGGAAGGUGGCGUUGAAGAGGGAGCGUGAGGAGCACCAGCAUCUCCUAGCCGAGUCCUACAGCGCUGUCAUGGACCUCACCAAGCAGCUGCAGAUCAGCGAGAAGAACUGGAACCAGGAGAAGGUGGAGCUGCUGGCCCGCUUCAAGGAGGAGCAGCAGCAGGCAGAGCAGCAAGCAAAGGACCUGCAGAACAAAAUCAACCAGUUGCAGAAAGGAGCCAACCCAUGGGCACUGAAGCACUCUGAAAUGGAGAAGCACGGCAGCAACUGGAAAGAGGCUCUCAAUGAAAAAAUCACAGACAAAGAGACAAUCUCUGAAGCAGAAGCCAAGGGAACCAACCUCAAAAGGACCAAGUCUGUUUCCUCCAUGUCAGAGUUUGAAAGCUUGCUUGACUGUUCUCCCUACCUCCCUGGAAAGAGCACGCCAGGGUUGGGCGACCAUUCCCGGGGCAAAAAGGCAUCUGCAGCUGCCCAGCUGCUGCCCAACGGGAUCUGGGACAGCGCCAGCCUUCCUCCCUCACACUGUACAUAUGUGAAUAUCGAGCAACCUGCCCCCGACAGCCUGGCCAAGGAGAAGCUGGGCAUCUCCUCCUGGGACUACUCGCGGGCACACAGCCUCUCCGGGCACGACCCAGCCCAGAAGCAGAUGCAGAGGAGCUACACAGCGCCCGACAAGACGGGGAUCCGCAUCUACUACAGCCCACCGGUGGUGCGGCGGCUGGAGGCGCCUCUGGUGCACAACAAAGAAGGAAAGAUCAUGAUUGAACCCGGUUUCUUGUUCACCAUGGCCAAGCCGAAGGAGCCAGAGGAGUCGGCCAGCGCUGAGAGCACCUACAGCCAGUGGCUCUGCAACUUCUCCAAGCAGCAGCGGGAGCUGCUGGACGCUGGCACGGUGGAGAGCGCGGUGCCACCGGUGCCCCACUUCCCCCCAUCGCUGCACGACCUGGAGAUCUCUGGCAACAUGAGCGACGACAUGAAGGAGAUCACCAACUGCGUGCGGCAGGCCAUCCGCUCCAGCUCGCUGGAGAGGAAGGUGAAGAGCACCUCCAGCCAGACGGUGGGGCUGACCCACGUGGGGACACAGACCAUCCAGACGGUGAGCGUGGGGCUGCAGACUGACCUGCCGCGCGGCAGCAGCAUGCACAGCAAGAGCUGGUCCCCGCGCAGCUCCUCCCUCAUGUCCGUGCGCAGCAAGCAGAUCUCCUCCUCCCUGGAUAAGGUGCACUCCAGGAUUGAGCGGCCGUGCUGCUCCCCAAAAUACGGCUCUCCAAAGCUCCAGAGGAGGUCUUCCUCCAAGCUGGAUGCCUCUAAGGACAGGAGCCUCUGGAACCUGCACCAGAGCAAGCAGAACGGCUCUGCCUGGGCCCGCUCCACCACCACCCGCGACAGCCCCGUCCUCAGCAACAUCAAUGACGGCUUGUCCAGCUUGUUCAGCGUGGUGGAGCACGCGGGCAGCACCGAGUCCAUCUGGAAGCUGGGCUGCCCCGAGAGCAGCCGGGCCAAGCCCGAAGCACCCAAGUACGGCCUCGUGCAGGAGUUCUUCAGGAACGUCUGCGGGCGGGCGCAGAGCCCCACUGCCCCCCCAGAGAAGAAGGAGACCCCAGGGGAGGAGGGCAGCAAAAGAGCUGAGCACCCCGGCCCGGCCACGCACCACCCGGCAGAGAGCAUCUCCCGCAGCUUGAACAAGAAAGUGCUCAAGCAGAGCAGCUGCGAGGACCCCAAGCCCUCGUCCCCCGGGCAGGGGGGUAAGGACGCAGCCCUGCGGGACCCCGACCUCAUCUCGGCCAUAGCCAGCGAGGACAUGGCGUGUGACUGCAGCUCCCAGUCCCUCACCUCCUGCUUUGCGCGGCCAUCCCGCUCCGCCGUCCGCCAUUCCCCAUCCAAGUGCAAACUGCACCCCAUGGACCCCCCCAGGGCGGAGGAGAAGCCGGGGGCCUUGAGUGAGUGAGGCCGGGGGGCCGGGGGCUGCAGCGUGCCUGCUAUCCAUGCUCCUGCCGGGACAGCGCCCGCGCUGACGCCCCGCGGGGCCCCGCUUGGAAGUGGUGUGCGCACAUCUGUCUCCUCACCAUGGGAACAUCUGUCUCCUCAGCAUGGGCACAUCUGUCUCCUAACUGUCCCCUCGCCCCUGGGGAUGCUUAGGAAGCAGAUGUGGAGCCGGAGGCAGAGGCUGCCGGUAGCCCUUGGGGUGUGUGGUGACAUCCACCUGUGUGAGACCCGCUCCUGUGGAGCCACUGCCAGCACUGGGGGGUCCUCACCGGUGGUGAUCCCUCCGGGAAUACCAGCUGAGACCCCACCAUGCCAAGGGCUCACCGGGGCCUGGAAAGGGGAGAGCAGCCAGGGGGGCUGCUUGUGUAGAUAGGGCAGGGCUGGGGGGAAGUGCGGUGGGGACACUGGAUGGAUGCAAUGGAUGGGGGCACGAUGCCGUGUUGGCCCCUGCAGCUCCUGCCAGUGCUGUCCACCCUGCCAGAGCUCCAGCGCAUCCCUGCGGGAGCUCCAGCACAUCCCUGCGGGAGCUCCACCGCAUCCCUGUGGGAGCUCCAGUGCAUCCCUGCGGGAUCUCCAGCACAUCCCUGCCAGCCCCGAUUGCACUGUGGUUGCAUCAGCCGCGGGGCCGCACGUGCUUCCCGGGCAGGAAGGAGGCGGGGAAGGUCCCUGCGGUCACCCAGGCUGGGCUGGGCUGGGUGCGGGGCCCUCCCUGGGCACCCUUCUGCUCUGGGGGUCUGCUGAGGUCCUGCACUGCCGGGAAGGGCCCGGGUGCUCCCCCUGGAUCCUCUGGAUGCAGAGAUGGGGUGUCUGGGUGCCCAGUGUGGGGAGAGGCAGCGUGUGCCUCUGUGUGUGCACACUGAUGUGUGCAUAUCUCCUGCCACCUUCACGAGGGGCCACGGCUGUGGUGCCCCCCUGCACUGCACCCACCUCCCUGCCUGGGGCCACUUGUAGUUAUUUGCUCCUCCAAGUGCUGAAUAUCCAUAUUUCUCUUUCUUUUUUUCCUCUCUUUUUUUAUUUCCCCUCCCCUUUUGGCUCUGCCCAACUCCAGACAGCCUGCAAUGUAAAACCAGGUGCAUUUUACAGACACCAAAUCGAGCUGCCUGUGAGAUGCACCAAUUGCAUUAAGAGAUUGUGGGUUUGGGAGCUGCAGCGUGGCCCCCGGUCACCACCAGCAAAAGCCUUACCUGGGGAGGGAGGGGGGCAGCAGCCACAGCCCCCCAUGGCAGUGCAACACUCACACAGAGCAGCCCCAGAGAGAACAGCAGUUUUGGAGGUGGCUGCCUGACCUAUUUGCAAGCUGCUGCCAGGGGCCAGGCAGGGAUUCAGGGGGAUGGAGCUGCCUGUAGGUGCCUCCAGGGGCUCUGCAUUGCCCUGGGGCUCUGUACACAGCUCUAGGGGCUCGCUGCAUGGCUCUUGGGGCUCUGUGCAUUGCUCUUGAGUCCAUGUAUGCUGCUCCAGGGGCCCUGUACACAGCUCUAGGGGCUCUGUGCAUCGCUCUGGGGCUCUCCAUUGCUCCUGGGGCUCUGUACACAGCUCUAGGGGCUCUGUACACAGCUCUGGGGCUCUGUACACAGCUCCAGGGACUCUGUGCAUUGCUCUAGGGCCUCUGUGCAUUGCUCUAGGGACUCUGCACAUUGCUCUAGGGGCUCUGUACACAGCUCUAGGGCUCUUUGUACAUGGUUCUAGGGGCUCUGUGCAUCGCUCUAGGGCUCUGGACACUGCUCUAGGGCUCAGUGCAUUGCUCUGGAGCUCUGUACACAGCUCUAGGUGCUCUGUACACAGCUCCAGGGCCUCUGCACACAGCUGUAAGUGCUCUGUACACAGCUCUAAGUGCUCUGUACACAGCUCCAGCGCCUCUGCACAUUACUGUCAUCUUGCAGCUUGGCCUCAGAGCCGCUGCUGCAGCCGCUGCCCCUCCUGCCCCAGCCCCACAGCAGCAUCACUGCCAGGUCACAGCCUCUGCCAGCAUCUCCGGGCCGGCCGCUCACUGCCUGUGUCUCUGGACACGCCAGCAUCAGCCAGGGCCAGCAGGCCCAGCACCGAUGGCCUUCAGCUCCUUGGGGCACCUGGCCAGCCCCUGGGGGACCCCCGGCUGUGGGACACGUGGGGCAGGCACUGCCCACCCUCACCAGCAGCAUUCCUGCCAUGGAAGUGGGGUCCCUGCACUGCCACGGGCAACCUGCUGUACAUAGAUCCUUUGGGGGUGGUUUUUAGCAUUUUCAUUGGUAACAGGGGGUUUGGUUUGGUUUGUUGGGUUUUUAUUUUUAAAGACUCUACUUUUGGAAUGUGGUUUCUCAUUUUUACAACUGCCUUUGAAUGAUUUGUAAUAUUGGUCGCUUCUGUCUGACUCUGUAAAUAGUGGUGCUGGUGUCUCCUGCGGGGUCGGGGCUGAGCUCACGCUGGUGAUGGGUCUGUAGAAGCAAUGGGGAGGGUCUGCUGGAGGUGGGGAGGCGGCUGGUGCUGCCUCAGCCCCUCACAGCCUCUGCCCUGUCCUCCCCACACACCAGUGCGAAGCCCAAGCUGCUUUGGGCAAAGCCCCGCUUGCCCCUGCCCUGUCCUCCUGCUUCCUCUCGCCAAGGUCGCAUGAAGGGCACCUCCUGCCCCGAUGACAGGCCCCUGUCCCCCCGUCCCAUGCCUGCUUGUCGUGUGAUGAAUAAAGGCCCUGCAACCCCUCA